AUGCCAGCCCGCAGAGGAGGACGAGACAGCCGCAGUAGGCGGAGCCCCAGCUACAGGCGCAGAAGCCCGAGCUACAGGCGGGAUGACAGGAGGGGCGGCGGAGGCGACCGAGGCCGGUCCCGCCGAGGAAGCCGAAGUCGCAGUGGAGGCCGCGGUGGCAGCAGGUAUAGCCCCCCGCCACGUCGCACCCCGCCUCGAGACCGUCGCUUUAGCCGCAGCCGCAGCAGGCGUGAGCGCGAGGCGCAGAAGCGCCGUGAGGCUGAGAAGAAGAAGAUGGAGAAGCGCAUCCCGCCCCCAGCCGUCCGAGGUCCAGACAAGCCACAAAUCACGGAGGAGCACAAGGCAAACUCGGUGGAGUUCAAUGGCCGGUACUACGCAACCAUCGAUUUCACACCCCCGAACUCAGGUGGAGAUUCCGCCGGUCAGAAAGCACGUAUUCAGAUGCCCUAUGGCUGGGAGGUGGCGGACAUCACCGACGACGUCCGAGACGCAGUUGUGAAGCUCUACACCUUCGGCACGGACCUUGUGGUGGGAGAGGGCGGGAAGGCUUUCCACACA